AUGUGGUUGCUUCUACUUCUACUUCUCAAAUCGAUGGUGGUGGUGGAAUCGGUGCACUGCUUCAGCGGUUUCAACGGGAAGGUGGCGUCAGAGGAGUGCCUGGACGACGAGGCGAUGUGCUUCCGGUAUACGAUCGAGGCGGGAAGUAUCUCUGGGUGCUCACCGGAUAUGAGGGAACUCAAUGAUGUGUAUAUUGAGAGGAUCUGGUGCCCAAAAGCGGGCAAUUUCCACGGCACCGACAUCCCCGACCCGAUCAUGAUUAACGGCCAGCCGCCCGAAAUGUCGAAAAACGCCUCCGACAGUCUGCUCUGCUGCCGGGGCGACCGCUGCAACACGGCCAACACCAACUUCUGCCUCAUUUACAUAGUUUUUGCCAUUUUUCUUGCUCUAUUU